AUGCGUAGCAAGGUACUCCAACCAUGGAGUUCAUUGCUACUUAUAACAAUCGCAUGCUCGACAAAAGUAGCUGCCGACUGGAUUCAAGUAUCUUACUCGCAGUACUGUUCUGUGCUUGAUCUCACUUUUCCAUUUGGAUUGGAGCCUGCAAUUGCUGCUGGACUCGUUGGAUCCAGUGUAGUAGUUCCUGUUGUGAUGAGUGGUCAGCCUCGUCGUUGCUUACAGUCGGGUUCUGCCUUGUCUGAUACAAUAACUGCUUACGAAUAUGCAUCGGUAGAUAAAACCUCCAUCAAUUUACUGCAAUGCGACAGUGCUUGCAACAGCUGUUCAUAUAUGGACAAACUGCUGAAUGCAUUUGAUUCAUCGCUUCCUAGCAAUUAUUGUGGACUAGUAUUUCGGGUUAUUUCACCAAAUGUUCAAACUGACACACAACUUCGCUCUGUAAUUCAACCAUGGGGAAUCUGGGCUACGCUCUCGUCUAAAUCUAUUAUUGCAACCACUUUCUCUCACACAACACAUACUGACAGUACCGCCCCGCUGUGUCUGGGCAAUCCUACCUAUGCCGUACAGCACUAUAUUUUUGACAAAUGCGUCCAGAUCGAUACUACUCGUUCAAUCAAGUCUAUUCAUGUUGGUAAUGGAUUUGAGCAACAAAUGUGCAUGUCCACCGACUGUUCAUACGAAUGCAUCACCAUGUCAAUAGUUUAUAGUUCAGACAUGUCAAAUGGUGUUGGAACCCCGUCGUCUUCAUCUGUCUGCGUCACGUUGACAACAGGUUGGAAUGCUGAAUAUGGUCCAGUCAUGUCAUUUAAUUCACUCUCUAGCACCCGUGAAGAUUCACAAUCGAUGAUGGGUCGUUUUUCGGCACCGGUCAUUGCAGCAUUCGUAAUCGGUACGUUGCUGAUAUUUUUCGUGUUGUGCAACUCCAUUUGGAUAUUCCUGAAACGUCGACGACAAAGACAACAGCCUCGACUAUCACUUCGCCAACAGCCACAAACAGCAGAAUCUAGCAAAAUUGUGUGGUACAAUAUUGUAUCUUCCUCGCAAGCAAAUUUACUUUCUCCAUCUUUGACUGGUAAAGCUUCAGGUCCACCCACCACAGUGUUGGCCAGUGUACCUCCUAGUAAUGCUCAUACAGUAGCCAAAUCAACCCCAUUUAAAAACAUUCCUUCCAAAUCUGGUGCUGCUACGACUUGUGAAUCACAUAUAAACACAAGUAAGCCGUCUUCAGCGAAUGCUCCAGAUCGUAUUAUAAACACGCGUUCAUCGAUCAAACCAAAGUUGAAUGCUGCCAUCAAAGUCUUGACAUCAUUUUCUUCCCCUUAUAAUAAUCAGCAGGGAUCUGGAUCAUCUCAUAAUCCAGCUGCAGUUGUUUCUCCUGUACAAGACAAACCAAGCCAGGCCGUGCAAUCUCUGAGCUCGCCUGAUAUAAAGAAAAAAUUGCAAUGGUUUAGUGGAUCAGAGCUUUCAAUUCCAUCAACCACCCAUUCAUCAAAAGAGACCAAUGGUCUUCCCAAUUUGCCCAACCAGGCACGCACAUCUUUUACAACAUCGCCCAAAUCUCGAUCACCAUCAGUCGAUCAGCGACCAUCUGGUCAACCGUGGCGGUUAUCCUCUGCAUCCAUGCCAAGUUCAAGGCCACUUCAAUCGCCCAAGCCUCAAAGCGAAUCAUCUUCUACACGUCUAUGGUUAGAGUCGGCAUUUCAACUGCACUUGUCAAGCACUUGGACUUUGGACCCUGAUACACAACGACAAAUGCAGAUGCAGGUAUCCAACCGGAAUCACAAAGGAGGCUCUGGGGUAUCGAGUGCUGAGGGUAUUCGACGUAAUAGUACUCCUGGUAGAGACCAAAGUACUACUCUAAAUAGCAGUAUAAAUAGUCGACAGAGUAGAAGCAGUAGCAGCAUGGCUAUUAAAUCUCGAUGGUGUACACCCGACUCACAAACUGUUGCGAAUAAUCUAUGCAGCUGA